GCGCCGGCCAACGACGGUGUGGCUCUGCUGGCGGCGUCGCAUCCGGAAACGCGCUUCGCCGACAUGUGGUAUCUUCAUCGAUUUUCUCUUACCAGUUCGAUGAAGUCUACUGAAAGGGCACUGCAGCUCUUUGCACCUUGCCUGAUUCCGCAAAAAUGGUGCUUCUUCCCUGUCCCCGGCUCCAGCUUGACCGCCCCGUCAGUGCCACCGCGCUCGAACAACACUCUGUCAGCGAUUCCAUGCAGGAAGGCUUUUCUGAGGCUUCGGAUGACCAGAAUCUGGAUGACCAUGCCAUUGAGGUGAUCUUCGGACAAUCAAAUGUCACUAUUGACGCUUCGACGACGGCACCCUCCGUCUCCGGUGUGCUAACGGACACAGAAAGCGGCAAAAAGGGCAGGAUUAGUUUGUCUCGCUUGUCGGACAAGCUUCUUACGAAGUUUGCGCGUGGAUCCCGCCUUGUGAAAAAGCCUUUGACAAUCUCAGAUGCCCAAAUUGAAAUCGAAGCCCGUACUGAGCCUGGAUGCUCAGACACGGCCCUAAGUGCUUCUCCAAACAUUCUUGCCAGUAUAGCCGCCAGCGAUUGCGGCUAUGAUAGCGAUGCCCGUCACAUCCUAACGCCGCAGAUUAUUGCGCAGCCAGGAUUUGGCUCCGGUUUAGGACGACCUGAGGCUAUACUUCCCACCAUGGAAGAUAGGCGUGAAUCGUCGCAAGCAUUGCUGCAGAUGGGCUAUGACGGUGCUGUCCCGGAUUCAUUUGGCCUUGGGAUGUCAUAUACCGCUGCCGUUUCUUCCGAAGAUGAGCGUACACCGACGUAUUCUGCGCAAAUACCACUAUCUUCGGACGAGGCCAACAGGCUCGAGGCAUGCAGACACGAGUGCGGCAUUCCCCGAUAUAGCCUGCUUGAAGCUGAUGAUAAUCAUGAUUCCGAAACACAGUAUAUCAACCUCACUCCAACUCGAAAAUCAAAAUCUGCCAGAGAAAGCGACGAUUGCGCUUCUCUUCGGGCUGUCAAAAGCCCCGUGAAUCCAUCUUGGCCGUUAGAAGACUCUGGGUUGACAGCAGCUGGCAAUAUCGAGACUUUGCCAUAUCAUAAAAGAGAACCUCCUGGAGACCUACGCUUUGAAGGAGCAUUACGCCUGUCCGCGUAUUCCGACCACGAGCCUCAAGAUAUCGUUCCACAAUCGAGUUAUCAGAAGGAUUUGUCAGUCAAAGGCAUGCAGGAGACAUUGAAAUGCAGGGCUUCCCCUGAAGAGAAAGACCUUCCUCUAAGAUUACCCGAAGAAUCCAUGGAUAGAUGCACGGUUAAACCUUCAAGUUUGUUAAGGGAAAACCAACCGCCAAGGAAUCCACGCAAAACCACAGAGCUAUGUGUCUCCAGGAUUCGCACGUUGCGAUCUACCGCUCAAAAAGAGCAAGGAUCCUUUCUCACAGGACGGAGAUCGUCCCUAAAUUUAGUCCAAAGUCGAUUUAUCGAGAAUCUCGAGGACGUUUUUGUUGACAACCCUUGCGACAUCAACCAGAACAAAAGCAUAAGUGACCAGACAAACGACGAAAUCAAGAAAACCAGCCAAGCUUGGUUGACUGGUGGAAAAAGGCUCGGAUAUAACUAUGACUUUGUGCCAAAUAGCAAGCCUUCGCCGCUUCAGGCUCACGAGAAAUCUAUAGAUCAAUUUGAUCUCGCUACUUCUCCCUCCGCAGGAGAAGCUAGCUCUGAUGCUGAAAAAAAUCUUCCCAAAGAAGAAACCAACCAAGGUAAUGCCGAGAUUAAGCUUCACAAAUCAGCCUGGAAAGAUUCGAAACGUCAGAGCAGGAAGAGUAGCGGGCUUCUUUCACAUCUUAACGUAUUGGUAAAAAGCAGAAGACAUCAGCUAUCUAGCAGCGAGUCUGCUCUGACUAAUAUGAUGCUAUCUGAAGCACGACGCUCAAAUCUCCAUAUGCCGGAUACCUUUGGAGGUGAUGAAGACGAAAACGCUCCCCAUGAGAGUAAAACUAGGCAGUUUUUCAGAAAAUGGAAAAGACGAUCCAUUUCUGACACUACUGGUUGUCAUUCCUCAACAAGAAGGUCACCCAAUAAUCAAAACAUAGCUUUGCAAGAGCAAAUUGUGGAGGAGUCACCACCAUAUAACACCACGACUAGCUUCUCCGAACGGUUGCAAGUGGAAAACAAGGCUAUACCCACAAAUUCACAUGCCUCCUGUAGGGCUCCACCAAAUGGAUUAGCACUGCAAGGACCAAAUUCUGCCGAAGGUUGGUCAAAGAUAUACGAGAACUGCGUUGAGAGGCCCGCAGUGGACGACGAAUUGGGAUCGACUAGUUCAGGUGGUUCGAAUCGUGCACAGUACGCGCGAACCGUAUAUGAAACAUUAGAACAGGCCACAAGCUCAGACGGUACGGACUUGCGCGGAUCGACGAUUCGUUUUAACGAGGCACAACUGGCUGCCGAGACCGUAGCCCGCGAAAACCUUCUUAAGAUGGUGAAUGAUACGUGGGGAAGGUGAUAUUCCCAAUGGUCGGGUUAUACGCUGGUGCUAAACAUUGGUCACGCCAAGAGCACGCAUAUGGGCUUCGUCUAGGUUCUAGGCUGUGGUGCUUGAUGAGAAGCCGAAACGACGAGGAGCUUGAGAAGGCAUCAAGUAAUAAUUAUCAUUCGGGUCAUUCCUGUAUAUAAAUACAGCUUGUAUCAACAGGAGCGGGGAGAAAAUGAAAUUUCUCCCACCUUCCUAAAGUUAAAAGGCUAUCCAGUCACUUUUUUUGCUUUUUGGUACUCUUCUCGCUCAUAGUGCUGAGCACACUGGCGCUGCGCUUGUGGGAUGAACCUGUCGGGCCCUUGGUAGAAGAAGCACCAUCGUCUGGGGCAUCGAGUUUUGUCUCCUCUUUCUGUCCUUCACCUUUGAUCUCCACGGGAUUGCUACCAUCCGCAGCUGACGUCUCCCCGCCCUCAGCCUCCUGCGCUUCCUCCUUUUCUCGCUCUUUUCUCUCUCUCUCCUCUUUAGCAGCCUCUAAUAUCCUGAUCUCUGCCUCCACUUUCUCCGCAUACUUCCUCAUGUCGAGCAGAAUAUUCACUGAAUGAAUCAGCUUCUCAAAUUCUUUGCACACCUUUUCCGUGGGCAUGAACAAACGCGGCGGAAUGUCCAGCUCUGUAAGGGCAGCGGCGAUCUUUUGCGACUGAAUGUUUGAUUUUGCUUGUGUAAGCUUUUGGGCUUUGUCGUUGCGGAACUGAACGCCCGAGGUGAGGCGAUCGUGGCGGGUUACGCCAUAUUUGGCUUCCUCGGAAGGAGUAAGAGUUCGAAUUGCGGGUUGUUGGGCUGCUGCUGCGGCGGCGGCGGCUGCGCCGCCCUUUUUUGUAACUGGUUGGGAUGUGGUGGCUGCUGGGGUCUCGGGCCGGCUCUCGCGGGAGCUUUGGGCGCUGCUUUGCGCGGCGCCAGCUGGACUGGGGGCGCCUUGCUCUGGGCCGAGGAGGGAGCGGCGCUUUUUGUUCUUAUCCGCCUGUAGGAGAGACUGUAGCAGUUGUGCAAGACCGUGGCUUGAUUGGUACAUUGCACUGUUGCCGGUGCUGAUCGGUGCUUCAAGACGGGAAUAGAGCUCCUUGCGUUCGUCGACGAAGCUUUGUUCGUUUCCUACGAUUCUCUUUAGUUCUUCGAGGAGUAGACCUUCUUCCUGGACUUCGUCUUUGCUUCGAUCGAACUGUACAAUGGCCAGCUCUUUGCGCUGCCUUUCGCGCUCGGGGUUGAAUUUCAUCAUUGUUUCGUAGAGGGUGAAUUCGGAUUGUGACAUCUCCGAAAGAGGACGUUCGAUUGCCAGCAUUUUCCCAGCAACUGUGUAAUAUCGCGACUUCAUCUCUUCCAUUGUCCUUCGUUUAGAUGGUGCUACCAGAGCUGUUGAACUUCCUUCUGACUGGGGAACCUUUAGUUGGUAGUCGUAGCGAUCUGCGAUAAGGAUCCACCUCAAAUCAAAUUCUUCAACAAGGUCCAUAAGAUAAUCUGUUUCCUCGCGGCUCCAAAGGUCGCUUUGAAGGUGCUUAUCGUAUUCUGCG